GCAACAAAAAAUAAGGAACGAAUACAAAACAAGAACAAAAAGCAAAUCUGCAGCAACAACAACAGGACCAAACGGUAGAGAGAGCAAACAUAAACGAGAGUGCGAGGGAGAGAGCAACGUGGUGAGCGCAGCGCGCAGUACGCUUUCUUGUUGUUGCUGCUGCCUGGCGAAGCAAAGGGUGCAAAAAGGAGAAAAUGUCAACGUUCUUGAACAAUUUCUUUCCGGCAGAUACGGCUGCUAUGGAUCCAAUUUUCUUUUCACCUCCAAAUGGUAUACCCUCUGAAAGUAAAUUAGCCACAUAUAUGAAUCGACAGAAUGUUGCCCAAACGUCGAGCUAUGGGCUGAAUAACGGUAAUGUUAACGUUAACGGUAACGGUAAUGGGUUCUCACUGCUUAACUUGGACGCGUCCUUAGCUGUUAAUAAAAAGUCUCAGGUAACACCCCAAUCGCCCGAAUUCAUUCCAACGCGCAUAAGUUCGUCGCCUAAUUUCUAUCCGCCAUAUCACAUGAAUAAUGGUUUGAAUGGUGUCAAUGGGUUAACAACUACAACAGCAGCAGCAGCCGCCGCCGCCGCCGCCGCUGCCGCCGCAGUUGCAACUGUUGCAGCGCCCGCCUCCUCCACAUCGUCCUCCUCAUCGUCAUCGACGGUGGCAGCUGCCGUCGCUGUCUCUGGCUCAUCUAGCAAAGUGUCAAAUGGUGGCAGCUCCGCUUCCAUUCUCUCGAUGCAGAAGACGAACAUUGUGGCAACGGUUAACAUAACGCAACAGCAACAGCAGCAGCAGCAGCAACAAAAGCAACAGCAACAUCAAUCUUCAUUGGUUAACGAUUCAGUGGUCGGCAGCUCGGCGCCCAUAGCGAUAAUACCGAAUCCUGCGGCGGCUCCCUUCGUAAGCAGCAUGUCCGCCCAAACGCCGCUUAAAGCACGAGCCGCAAUGAUGCGACAGGAUUCGCCGACGGCGGCGCUAAUCGGAGGCGAGAAGUCGCCGCCCCACGGCAUGACGCCACAUGGAGCAUCGCCCAUACCCACCACAUUGCCAGCCAGCGUGCAUCAAGAAAACGUGGGGGGCACCAUUUACUUUUAUCCGACUGCCAAUGCACAGAACAGCCAGCCGGUUGUCAAUUCGGUUGUGGUAGAUGCCGCACAUCCUGCACAUCCGGCACAUCAUGGCGUUGUCAGUGCUGUGGCACCUUUAAGUGCUGUGCCCUCGCAGCUGCUGUAUGCGGGACAUGUGUAUCCGGGUCCGGCAUCGAAUGUGAUUGCGAUGCAGCCAAAGACGCAGCUAGAGUCGGCCUUCUUCAUGCCCGACGAGAUGCGCAGCGAUAUUCUGGGCCGCAAUGAGAUCUCCAAUUUGAUAAUGGAUGCUGCUGAGGCGGCGCAGCAUGCGUUGCCACUCGAGGUGGAUAACUAUCAUGCGCUCUAUCCACUGGAGCCGCCGGCCCAGCCAAUGCAUACGAAACUAACGCUGCCGGCGAGCACGUACAGGGCGACGCACAAUAGCACAGGGUUCAAGUACUGCCUGAGAAGAUUACACGGCUUUCGCUUGCAGUCCACAAAAUGCAUGGCGCUCGUGGAGAUGUGGAAGAAGCUGCAGCACACGAACGUUGUUCAACUGCGUGAGUUGUUCACGACAAAAGCAUUUGGUGAUAACUCCUUAGUAUUAGUGUACGACUAUUAUCCCGGCUCACAGACUUUGCUAGCCAAAUACUUUACGCCAGCGCCAGAGACCAACGGUUACACAGAUCCAUUCCAAGGCGAGGCACGACCCUUCAGUCAUAAGAGCAACAUGCAGCGCACAAAUAACGGACCUUUGCUGCCCGAAUCGACUAUAUGGUCAAUCAUCAUGCAGCUAACCGCGGGCCUGAGAGCCAUACAUCAAGCGGGACUAGCCUGCAAAAUACUAGAUCCCACGAAGAUAAUUGUGACAGGGAAACGUGUACGCUUCAGCUCGUGCUGCAUCUCAGAUAUCACGCAAUUCGAUCCCAAUGCAGCCAAUCCCUUAGCAUUGGUCAAUAUGCAUCAACAGGACGAUCUAACUGCAUUGGGUCGCUUAGUAUUAGCGCUAGCUUGUCGCUGUUUGCAGUCUGUGCAGCGAGACAAUGUGCAGUCGAGCAUUGAUAUGGUAACCAGAAACUACUCCACCGAUCUACGUAAUUUUAUUGUUUACCUCUUCACCACGAAUAACCGCCGCUCUGUAACGGAUCUGAUGCCCAUGAUUGGGGCUCGUUUUUAUACGCAGCUGGAUGCGCUGCAAGCACAGGUGGAUAUGCAGGAGGAUGAGUUGGCCAAGGAGAUGGAGAACGGGCGACUAUAUCGCAUAUUAGUUAAACUAAAUAGCAUCAACGAACGACCCGACUUCAACUUGGACUGCACUUGGUCAGAGACUGGUGAUAGAUAUAUGCUGAAAUUAUUCCGUGAUUUUCUAUUUCAUUCCGUCACCGAGGAUGGCCGACCCUGGUUAGAUCAUGCGCACAUUGUACAAUGCCUCAAUAAACUGGACGCGGGCUCCAUCGAGCGCGUGCAAUUGAUGUCGCGUGAUGAGCAAUCGGUUCUAAUUGUCUCCUAUGCUGAGCUCAAGAAUUGUCUGGAAAAUGCGUUUUCCGAACUGAUGAGUGCGGCCAACUGAGCAACAACCAACAGCAACAACAAUAAUGGAAACAACAAUAAUUAUUAAACACGCGCAGCUCACUUAGCCACGCCCAUGCCCAUGCCCGCCCUCUCCCAAAUACCCAAACUUCCCGUACUCGACCACAAGCAACUACGAUUAAAAUGGUUUAAGAUAUAUAAGAGAAAACAUUCAUUAUACUAAGACAUUUUGGCGCAUGCCCUUUAAAUAAGCAAAUGAAGAGUAUAAAAUUAAAAAAAAAAAGAAAAACAAAAACAACUUCAAAUAAUAAAUAAUAAUAAUUAUAAUACAAAAUCAACUACAUACGCAGAUUUAUAUUGUUAAGCCAAGCAAAAAGAUAUGAUGAUAAAGAUAAAAGAAAAAAAAA